GCCGGGAGUCCUGUUCACACUGACUGGAGGCGUCACUGAGGCACGAUGGGAUAAUGAACACGUUUACCAUUUUAAUAGCUGGUUAUUCCUCUUUUCCUCAGCAGGGAAUGAAAGGGCCACCUGCAUAGCUGCUUACACCGAAUGGUUGCAAUGGAAACCCUGCCAGUUGGCUGGACUGUGCACACCUGUGACCAGGAGGGAGACAGGGCAGGACUGCUGAAGAGGGGCGUCCCUGACCCCAACACAAACACAUAUGUCCACGAUCUGUUUCAUGAGGACGCACAGGGCUUCCAGCAGUCCAGCCGGCCGUGGUGGAGGAUUAAACUGUUUGUGUGGGAGCCGGUGCUCUUCGGUACCUGGGAUGGAGUUUUCACCACCUGCAUGAUCAACAUCUUCGGCGUGGUGCUGUUCCUGCGCACCGGCUACCUGGUGGGGAACACAGGCGUGCUGCUCGGGAUGCUGCUCGUCUCGUUGGUCGUGCUGGUUGCUUUAGUGACGGUGAUGUCGGGCAUCGGCGUGUGUGAGCACUGUGGUGUCGGGAGCGGAGGAAUCUACUCCAUGAUCUCCACCGUCCUGGGUGGCAGGGUGGGGGGCACUGUGGGCCUCCUGUAUGUGUUUGGGCAGUGCGUAGCUGGGGCCAUGUACAUCACAGGUUUCUCUGAGUCGGUGGCGGAGGUGCUGGGUCUGCAGAGCCAGUGGGCGGUGCGCGGCAUGUCCGUGGCGGUGCUGCUGGCGCUGCUGGGAAUCAACCUGGCCGGCGUCAAGUGGAUUGUCCGACUCCAGCUGCUGCUGCUGGCUGUGCUGGCCGUCUCCACGCUGGACUUUGUCAUCGGCACCUUCACACACCUUGACCCAGAGCAUGGUUUCAUUGGUUAUUCAGCCAGGCUGCUCAGCAGUAACGUGAUGCCAGACUACAGCCCAGGAGAAACCUUCUUCACGGUCUUUGGGGUCUUCUUCCCCGCUGCUACAGGGGUUAUGGCAGGCUUCAACAUGAGCUCAGACCUUCAGCGGCCCGAACACAACAUCCCUGUGGGAACGCUGGCAGCUGUCUUCACCUCGUGGUUCCUGUAUCUGGUCUUUGUCUUCCUCCUGGGGGCCAUCUGCACCAGAGAAGCUCUGCGCUAUGACUUCUUGAUAGCAGAAAAGGUCUCCUUGGUGGGUUUCCUCUUUCUGCUGGGCCUCUACAUCUCCUCCCUGGCUUCCUGCAUGGGCGGCCUGUACGGGGCACCCAGGAUCCUCCAGUGCAUCGCCCAAGAGAGGGUCAUCCCAGCUCUGGCCUUCCUGGGAAGAGGGAAAGGCCCAAACAGGACUCCAGUGGCAGCUAUCUGUCUGACCAGCCUGCUGACCAUGGCCUUCAUUUUCAUAGGUCGGGUCAACGUGCUGGCGCCCAUCGUCAGCAUCAACUUCAUGCUCACCUACAGCUUCAUCGACUACUCCUACUUCAGUGUGGCCAUGACCCUCCACCUGCAGAGUAAAGAGAAGAGGGACCCCCUCAUCCCGGCCAAAGUCAACCACUGUAGGUCGGGCAGGCAGAGCUCUAAGCCUCUGAUCGAGGCCACUUUCCCAAACUAUGGGAGCAGAGGCGAGAGUUUGCAGAAUAAAGGCACUCUGUUGGAGUUCACCAAGGACAUGGACCAGAUUUUCCCAACCUCAUCAAAUGUUGAUGCUGUGGCUGAGAAGUGUUCCAUGCAGCAGCUAAGCAGUAGAUGCAAUGGCAGAAAGGCUAAUGUUAAGCAGAAGCUGAUGGACAGCUUUGGUUUGGACCUAAACAGCAAUAUGUUCUCAGAGGAGAAAGGACAGGAGAUGGGUUCAGUGCCCGUUCACAAGGAAGCUGAGGCGGAGCGUGGCGUCGGCGAGCCCGAGGCUGCAGAAGAACCGCAAGUCAAAUGCCGUUCAAACAUACACCAUGCUGAGCAGGAUUCAUCAGCAGAGCCUCACAACCCCAGCACAGGUGCUGGGAGUAAAGCAGAACACCAGAGCUUUGAAAUCAAACCCAUGCAGGAUUCAUUCUAUGCAAAGUUCUGCAACCACUGGGUUGCUCUCAUCGGGGCGCUGAGCUCCGUAGUGAUCAUGUUUGUUAUUCAGUGGGUUUAUGCCUUUGCAAACAUAGUGGUCGCCUUGCUGCUCUUCCUCUACAUCGGGAAAACAAGUCCUGGACUACCUAUAGGAAUUGCAGCUCGAUUCAGCUUCUUCACGUGGCUCAAAGCAACACUGAACAGCAUUUGCAGGAGGAAAGGAUCUCCUCGGGAUGAGAUGGUGGUCACGCCCUCUCUGUCUGGCAUCGGGCUGAAAACCAAGCAGCUAACGCAGGAAAACGCUGACUUUGCCUCUCGUCACCGCCAUCACCAAUCCUCGUUCAUCAGGGCCGACAAGAUGGUGCAACCACCGCUCCACUGACUGACUGAAACAGAGCCUCCCGUACAUGUCACAGCUGUCAGCCUGAAACCACAUUUUCUGCCUCAAACCGUGCCUCGUGUUGCCUUAUGGGCCACAUUCUGCACACAUAUUGUAUUUAACCAAGAUUCAGCGGCUCUGAUCAUUUCCCGCUGGUGGUUGGAGGGAGUCUAAGUUUCUCCUAUUUGCACAAAGUGUGUGUGCUCAUGUGAGAGGACAAGAGAGAUUUUUGUGGACUGGAGGUAGCUGGAGUUUUUCUUCUGUAAAAGUUGAUUUUGUCCUAACACACUUCCUGGCUUUAACCUUGACUGAAGUAUUGCAAUCUUUGUAACUCUCCACUGUUAAAAGUUUUUGUUGUCAGAUUACUGUACUGCUGGUGCUCAUG